CACCAAGUCGCAUAGUUACGUAUUUCAUACAAUAUUAAAAUAAUUAUAAUAAUUAUUUUAUUUCUGACAGCCACUCAGCUAAAAGCUAAGCUGCUGUUUCUGUUAAACGAUCGUGAGAAAUGUUUGGGCCUAAAAUGUAAGAGUUAAGUGCAGCAAACCCGGCCUGUUAACGGUCUCAAAAUUGAACCUGGGUCUUGGGAAAGUAACUGGGAAUAGACGCGUAGGCUCAACUACUCCGUGAAGAUGGAUCCUGUCAACGAACAUGACCCAACUAUGGAUGCCAGCAUUGUGCAUGCGGUCAACGUCAACAACAAGAAAGAAGUGGCCGAAAUGAAAUUUCUCACGAAAUCGCUGGCCAAUGCCCGUCACGUCCAGGAGAGCAUUUACCGACAAGAAGAGAAGGACCUGAUAAGACAGCUGUGGAAACUGCACCAUGAGAAAGAGCGUCGCCACCCGGAGAUAGAUUAUAGUGCCAGGCGUUCCAGCCAUGGACUGCAAAGCUUGCCCAGUGACCAGAUCAACGGCUCCUUGCACAACGUCUUUCCUCGGGGCAGUGACCACCGCCACUACCCCCACCCUCCUUCCCAGGCUCAUCGUCAACGUGCACAUGACGACAGGAGCUGGUACAGUGGACAUGCUGGAGAAAUCUCGCACCCAUCUACGAGCUACCAUCACCAUGUACCGACUGAAGCAGACCUUCAUUAUCCAGAGAGGGUUCACGGCACAAGCACUCAUUUCACUCCUAAUGGGGCGAGCAGUCAUCACUUCAACCCCGAGUUGUUUGUGCGCCACCACCGGCCGGAGUACUACCCCAUGCCCCCCGCUCACCGCCGGCACCCAACAUCAGGCUACCAGCCGUCCAUGGAAAUCCCCGGACUGGUGUCGCAGUCGUCCCGGUUCAACGCGAUCGUUCAGCCGGCUGGGUAUGGCCGUUCCAUUGCCGAACACGCUGCUCACCUUGGGAUUCACAGGCAUCAUCACAGAGGAAUGCCUCACUAUGCUGACCGUCACCCUUCUCAUGGGCAUCCACCGCACCCAACGGACGACAUCCACAACAUCCAGAGCUAUGACAGCCUGGCCCGCUACAUCAACCUCCUGGACUAUCAGGCAAGCGAGGAGAGCAAGGCCGGCAGGCGUGCUGCCAACAGGGCGCCCCCUCACCAACGGCACGAGGACAAGGCCAACGAGGAGAAGCGUGGGCCAGAAGCUCCUCCCGAGGAGGUCGGGAAGGAGAAGAAGCCGGGGAGAAGGCAGAGUAUGGAGGAAGUCAUUCAGGUCGUGGAAAACGCGGGCUUGCUCACCGACGACGAGAAAGAAAACAAAGGAAAACUGCACAGCGACGAGAAGGCGACAGAGGAUAGCGUUCCCCACGAUGAACCGUUAUCAACCAAGAUAAACGGGGCCAAGCCCAAAUCUAUCGGAUUCAUUGGCGACCCUUUGGCCACGCCGUCACCAACGACUCCAGCUACUAAGGCGACUAGCGCAGUCGACGAUACAGUCCGCCGCCGGCAACUUCACCCGGGCAAGAGACAGGACAACUUCGGGAGGCAAAGCCAUCUCCGCCGGAAGGGAGCAGAGGGGCAGCAGAGGUCCUCGGAAAGAGUAGAUCCCAGCAGAAGACCCGACCCCAAGCAUGCUGGCGAUGAGAAGGGAACAGUCUAUUCCGUCGGGGUUGAUAAGAAAAGAAGCAGUCGAAAGGGUCUUUAUCAGAAUACCCAUCCCAGUCGUAGCGAGAUGCUCCCACAAAGCUCCAGCCAUCACCAAUACAUCCCCCGGCGCCCUUCGGUGAAGGCUUCUGCCCAUCAUCCGCAGCCUCAGCUCACCCAUCAGAUCUUGACCGACCUUGAAGCCAUCGCCUCGCAGCCAGGCCACAACAGUCGCUACCCAGCCCCGUCCACACACCAUCCUGACCCUGCUCUCGGCUAUCAUCAACCUCGCCAUCCUGAUCACCAGAGUCGGCCGGCUCCACAGACUGCCGCAGAACGUAAGCGGCUCGCCGUGGAGCUUCUUGCGCGCGAGUACCCCGUCCUCCUACGUCACGCACCCACCAAGUUCGACCCGUUGGAAGCCCUCAUGUGUCGCUACCUAAGACUGUCCUCCACGAACGUGGAGACCCUGGAGGCUAUGUGCAGAGACGCUGGUAUCGAGGUUGGAGCACAUGCAUACCAACAAAUCGAAAAUCCGAAUGAAUAUGUAUUUGGACAUGAAAAGUUAUAGAGCUUUGCUGCUUUAAAUAUAAAUCAAAUAAGAUUGUAAUGUCAUAUAUUUCAAUACUUUCGUUGGUUUAAAUGUGCAAUAAAAAAUUGCUUGCUAACUUUAUUUGCAUCUAAAACUGUCAGUCAAAUUGAAUCAGCAUACCCAAGCAUUUGUGUCGCCGAUGAAAAAAAUUUGGUAUCAUCGCCAUGUUAAAUGAAUUCCAUCAAAAUUCUGUUCUUUUGAGAGGAAAGUUUCAAGUGUAGCAACAAUCUGAUUGAUCGGAGAAUCAUUCUUUUUAGAAAUGUAAAAGAGUUGAUUUUUUAGUAAAAAAAAAUAGCUAACAAACUUUGUUAAAUUAUGUGUUGUCGUUCUUAAUCACGAAAAAUCUAGCAGCGACAUAUCUUAGGGAUCCUAUUUUAAGGUGCGGCUUGAGUGUUUACCAGCCCUUUAUAUGAUUUUUUUACAAAACAAUUUAACAAUUAAUUUAACAAUUAA